GUAUGAAUAUAUUCAUCUUUUAUAGGUUUUCAAAAAGAACCUUUUGCAUAUCGAGUUUGAUAAAAAAAAAAGAUUCUGAAUGUUAAUAAAAAAAACAUAUAAAAUACGUUACUUUUCAAAGAGGAAUCUCUUCUUCGAAAACAGCCAGGUGUUGCAAAAAUUUCGAAAUAAAUUUAUAUAGCAUCCCGCGAACGUUCGGCUUUUUCAAACAUAACCUCAGUGGAGCGUCUGGCUUUUUGCAUUUUUAUUUGGCGUGUUCUAUUAAUUUUGCAAAAUAACAAUUGUACUAUGGCAGAAAUAAAUCUCAACUCACUUUCAGCAGCUCUAGACAAUGUGUCUGGUAGUGGAGUGUCGUUUGAGGAUAAAACCAAGAACUGGGGAACCAAAGAUGAAGUUAAGGAACUUACGGAUGCUAUUGACAAGUGCCAGAAAUUGGAGUACUUAAACUUGGCUGGGAACACAUUGGGCGUCGAAGCUGCCCAGGAAGUGGGAAAAGCACUGAAGAAACAUUCGGAAUUCCAAAGGGCUCUUUGGAAGGAUUCCUUCACAGGGCGCUUGAAAACAGAGAUUCCCAUCGCUUUGGCGGCCAUGGGUCGUGGUAUCAUUGAUGCAGGAGCCCAUCUUACUGUUUUCGAUUGCAGUGACAAUGCUCUGGGACCCAAUGGCAUGAAGGGACUUGUGGAGUUAUUUAGCAGUGCAGCUUGUUUUUCACUCCAAGAACUGAAGCUGAACAAUUGUGGCCUGGGAAUCGAUGGCGGAAAGAUGCUGGCGAAAGCACUGACUGAAUGUCACAAGGCCAGUGUAAAGGCAAAUUCGCCUCUCAGGCUUAAAGUCUUCGUUGCGGGAAGAAAUCGACUUGAGAACAAGGGAGCCGAAGCUUUGGCUGGAUUUUUCGCUCAAGUCAAGAGUCUGGAGGAGAUCACAAUGCCCCAAAAUGGAAUCUACCAUGAAGGCAUUACAGCCCUAUCUGCUGCUCUCCGGGAGAAUACCAGAAUGCAGGUCCUAAAUCUCAAUGACAACACCAUUGGACUCAAGGGUGCUGAUGCCCUUGCUGAUGCCAUCAGUAAUAUGCAACAACUCAGAGAAAUUAACUUUGGUGAUUGCUUGCUUAAGACACGUGGAGCCACGUUGCUGAGUGAAGUUCUUAGUGAUGAGCACGAAGCUCUGGAGAUUCUUAAUCUCACAAAUAAUGAAAUUGGGCCAAAUGGUGGCCUUUCUUUGGCAUCAGCCAUGGCCAAUAAAAUUAAUCUUCAGAGUUUGUUGUUAGAUGGAAAUCAAUUUGGACAGGAGUGUAGGGAGAUGAUCAUGGAAGAGCUUAGACUAUUCAACCUGGAACAUACUUUGGGUUCACUGGAGGAGGAUGAUUCUGAGGGUGAGGAGGAAUAUGACGAAGGAGAAGAUGAAAUGGAGGAAGAGGAAAUUGACACGGAAGAUUUGGAAUAUAUUGAAGACGACGAUGAAUGUGCAGAAGACGAUGAAGAGACUGAUGAUGCAGUUGAAGAUGCUGAGCAAGAGAUUAUGCCAAAUCGAAAUGUUUUGAGAUCUGAAGUAACGCCUGUUGAAGCAUUUUGUCGUGCUGAACAGCCGACUUUGGCGAUGUUUGAGGAAAUUGAUGCUAAAGAUAGAACUGCGGCUUUCCGGAACUAUUUGAAUGGGCUACCCGGUGAAUUCUACUUGGUUUACCUUGUCUUUGCCAUUCUCAAAUGUUCAGCCCUGAGUCUGCAGUCCAAGGAAGCCCUUGCAGUGUCUGAUGACCUCUUUGCUGAUGCUCUCAAAUAUGCUCAGGAUAAAUCUCAGGUGAAUUCCGUGAGGAAUUUCUUUCUGAUCCAAUUGUGUCUUCUACGCUGUGAAGACAAGUCCUUCAAACCAACCUAUGAUCCCAAGGCAUGCCGAAGUGCUCUUGAAAGUGCCAUGCAGAGAGACUUUUUCCCAUCAGAUCUCAGAGGUACUUUCCAAUGUUUCCUUGAUCAAUUCAAACUUGAUUAAUUACCAUGCAGCUGUUCCUUAAAAAAAAAAGUUUAUUAAGGAUACGCAUGUUUUAAUAAAACUACAUUACUGGAAUCGUAACUUAAUUUAAAUGCAAAAUUAUAUGGCCGAAAUUAUAAUUUAUAGUCGAGGCUAAAAAUUGUAAUUUGUAGGCCUUUCUUUUUAAUUUUUAAUACAGACAUUUUUGUAAUUAAAAUUACGGUAACUUAUGUAGAUUCAAUGAAAGUAAAAUAAUUGUUCAUUCUGCUCACAA